AUGCCCAGCAAGAAGAAGACCGAGCCCGGCGACGGCGCCGAGCAUGCGAACGGUCGCUCUCCCUCUCUGGCGACGCCAUCCUUGCCGCCACCGCAAGCCCAGGCCGCUGCGAAGAAGCCGGCAGGCGCAAAAGUCGCCCCCCCACCACCGCCCUCGCAACCAGUGCUUGUGAUCUCCAGGAAUAAGCAUUGGAGGUACAUCUCGUCUUUCCACGGACCAUGGCUCCAACUGCCUCCCGAGAUCCUCGAGACGAUCGCGAAUGCGAACUACAACACCCCGCGGCCGCGCCCUAUCGACCCGGCCGUCUUCUUUGACCUGGUCAAGAUCCGACGGCUCGUCGACGAUGCCACCAACCUGGCUGUUCGCGCAGCGAGCGGCGUGGCCUCGAUCGCCCAGAGGGGUUUUCCGGGAGCCUCCCCCCAUGUGGCCGCGUUAGGUUUCGGCUUUGGGCACCGCCCGCCGCCCGAAGCGAAGCUCAGCCCGGAGCGGAAAUUUCGGAUGAGGGAACAGGCGACGCAGAAGCUGAUGCGAGCCUACCGGCUGGACGAGAUUGCUUGCAGCGUCGCUACCAUGCAAAGCGCCUCCUCCUUGGAGGAAGUGGCGUCCCUGGUGCUCCAGCGCAACCCUUCGGAUCCGGACGCCAGGUAUGUGCACUUCUUCCACGAGAAGAUACCAAGCCGGCAGCUGGCCGAAUGUACCAGCUUGGCUCCCCUGAACGAGAUCAUUGCCGGCAAGCCAUCCGACCCGGAGCCUCUGCGAACUCGUGCUACGGUGCGAGUUUUCAAGGGGGACUAUCAGGGUGCUGUGGACGACCUGACCCUGGCGCUAAAACUUCAUCGCUUGUACCGACCCUCUCACGUGGCUCUGAAGCGGCCGCAGCAGGAGGACAAGACGCCCCAGCCUGGGACUACCCGGAAGCAGGACGACGUCAUAUUGAAAGAGGAAGACCAACCCGGCAGCCUGGAGAUGCAGCUCCUCUUCCAGAGGGCGGGCAUUUACUUGGCCGUCGCCUGCGAUCAUGUUGCCGCUGCACUUUCCGAUUCUCCAAUGGCUCGGGACUCGGUUGCAGCCAACGGAAAUCCCGACCAUGGACAUCAGGACGGGCCGGUCGCCGAAGAGCAGCCCAAGCCGGAGUUAUCGCCCGCGGAAAAAGAAGCGCAGAGGAGAAGGGCAGAUGCGAGGAAGCUCGUCAGGCACAACGCGAAGCGGGCGCUGCGCGACUACACAGCUUAUCUGUCCCACUUCGAGUACUCCCCCGACUUACCCAUCGAAAUUGCCGAGGACUUCACUCGCAGGGUGAAUUUGGCCAUGAACGGCUCCAGGGCGCCGCGCUCUCACAGCUAUGCGUCGGGCCCCCGCUCGCCGGUGGCCUGCGAGGGCGAGGGCACGAGCGCAUCUCACCGCAUAUAUGCGCUUUCCGACUUGUUUACAUCUUCACCGCCGUCUGGGCUUCCGCCUUAUCCCAGCACGGAUGUGGUGCUUGCCUCGAGAGCGCCACCCUCGCCUCCUGGUGGUCAUGUGCAGACAACCACCGAAACCGUAACAUGCCAUCCGCUCCUGACCGAUGCGCUUCAUGCCCUCCUUCUUUGUCACUGCCUCAUCCAGACGUCGGCAAAGGAGCUGCGCCGCCAUGCCUACAUGGUAGCCCGCCUCGCCCGCCUCGCCGACGGCUAUCCGGUGUUUCAGUCUAGUAGAUGUCCCGCACGAGGCGACUGGAUUGAGGUUCUGCGAGCGGGCAACAAUUGGAUUCAGCUGGCGGGCUCGUGGGAGGACCUCUGUGCGCCCGCACCGCUCCCCCUUUUCCUGUCUACCGGAAACGGCGCAACACCCGUCCCGGUGUCGCACCCGGCCUCGAAACAGCACAAGGCACUCACCGCUCCAGGGAGCGAAAGCGCCCCCACCAGCUCCGACGACCUCACCGCUUCUAGCACGGUUGCCACCGAAACCGAGCAGCAGCGCAAGGACCGCAUCAACCACCAGGCCGUCCUCGACGCCCUCGGCGACGACCGCGUCAACGACGAAACCUCCCUCCGCCUGGCCAUCCGCGCCCGCCAGCUGCGCGCCGAGCACGACUACCGCAUCAACAACGCCGCCGCCGCGCUCGAAGCGAAAUUCGAAGCGAAAUUCGCCCGCGGCGCCGCCUCGUCGGGGAAGAAAACCCCUGCCAACGACCAGCCCGCCCCAACCACAGCGGCCGCGACGACAGCCACACCCGGGCCCCGCCGCCCCGCCGCCGCCCCGUCCGCCUGGGCCUGGGACGACGUGCGUGACUACCCCAUCGCGUCGGACCGCGCCGCCGCUAUCGCCCGCUGGGUGCUGGAGGCGCCACCGCCGAGCGCCGGCGGUGGCGGUGGCGGUGGGGAUGGCGAUGGUGAUGCCCCGCGGAGGCGGCGGAAGAAGCCUGCUCAGAAAACUGCUGCUGCUGGCGCUGCUGGUGCUGCUGCUGCUGCUGCUGGUGGUGGUGCAGGUAGCGGUGUAGGCAGUGGUGGUCUUGUUACGCUGGCGGUGGGGAGUGGUGAGGUUGCGACGGGGGGUCGAGGUGACGAUGAGGGGUUGGAGGAGGGUGAGGCGUCCGUCUAA